GCUAAUCUCAUCUCAUAUAUAGGACCACGCAGCCGCGGCGGCGAGUGCACUCGCUCGUAGUCGUAGACGGCAAGCCUGAAUACUAGCGAGAUGGAGGGUGUCUCGGAGGAGCAGCAGUCUCCUGAGUCCUCCAUCGUGGUAAAGGAGAUCAUGUCCCUGCACAGGGAGCGCAGGUACCUGCUCGCCUCCCUCACCUCCGGGGUCUCCGUCUGGAAGCGGCGAGGGCUAGGAGAAGAAAUAACUCUAGUCCGGAGGCUCGCCGGAACGGACUACACGGCCCCCGUCCAGGGCCAGGUCCAGGAGAUGGAGACGGAAGAAUCGGCCUCGGCAGCGGAGCAGCUCGGGAGGUACUUCGAUUCUAUCGUGCACGAUAGGGAGGACCUGAGCCACCGGAUGCUGUCCAUGGCGUACGCUGUGGUCAGACCCGAUAAUGGCGCCGCCCUCUCCUCGUACACGGCCGAUGAGCUCGUUAACUCGACGUCCGCAUUAAUGCACGCCUGCAAGGAGCUGUACGAAGACACCCACGAUAAUGAGCAGGCGGGGGAGGAGCAGAAGAACACAUUCUUGGAUCUCCACGACAAGUUCCUGAGAGAACCCUUGAGCUACGAGAACACGCUGGCCUUAGUGGUUACCAGGGAGGAGGAGGAGUUCUACGAGAAGGUGGUGGAGACGCUGAAGAAAAGGGCGGAGGAGGUGCGUCAGCAGAACAUGUUGAAGUGGAAGCGAUGGGAGGAGAAGGAGAAGGAGAGGGAGAGGUACUACACGGAGAGGAAGAUGGGGAGUGGGAAGGACAAGGAGAUUGAGUUGAGGUGGAAGAAGGAGAGGGAGAAGGAGCAGGAGGAGAGGGAGAAGAAGGACAAGGAGGAGGAUGAGAGGGAGAAGAAGGAGAUGGCCACAAUGGAGUAUCUCAAGAAGCGGAUGGAGGUGAGCGAGGAAUUCUUCGCGGAUCAUCGUGACGGUUGGGAAACUGGAUGGGGCAGCAAGAGUGUAAGGUGCGGCGACUUCCGAGACAAAACCACAUUGAGCCCUAUGCAUUUUACGCACUACACACCCAAUACCAUCCGAUCCUCUUGUGGUGUCACUGGGAGCACCUUGCAGAUCUACUCCAUACAAAUUCUUGAACUAAAAAGAGGAUUGAAAUGGCCACUCAAACUGUACGGAGUGGUCGCUGCUCGAGACAGCGUGGAUCGCAACCGCAACAUUGUCUUCUCUCGGUCAAGUCUUAACUCUCAAGAACUCAAUGAAAAUGGUUCUUCUUUAUGUUUUACUGGUCCGUCUCGUGCAAUUGUAGCUCUGGGCCCUGUUGACUUUGAAAUAGAACUGAAAAUAGAAGAGGGAGAGGAAUCCCACGACAAAGAAUUGAUCACUCUUAGCAAGCGGUAUGAGGGUACAGGUACCUCCCUCGUGUUCGAGAACAGUUUGUGUGUAGCGGAGUUAAAAUUUAAGCAGAUUUCUGAAGCGGUCCAGGCCACUGUCUUGGGUGUAUGCGUUGUUGAAGGGGACUGGCCUUUUGAACAUGGAUGCCGAGUUGCUUGCUCCUUGACUGCUGCUGCAGAUGAAGUUGUGGCUGAUGCAGAUGAAAUUGUGUUGCUUGAUUGUCGCGGUGAUGAUAAAGAAGUGCGUGUAGGAUCAGAUGGUUACCUUCAUCUGUCAAGGAAUGUUGUGUCAGUGCAAACACAAGGAACACUGGUAGUUGUCAUACGAACCUACUUGGAGUCUGGUUGCGCUGCUCAAGAUUCGAAGGUCGAAUUCCUUGCCAAGCUUUGCCAGACAGGUGAGGGUGAAUGUUCAGUUGGCAACAGUAAGGUGAAGAUCGUUGUUGCUUGGUCCCUCCUUGUCAAGGAGAAGCAGGACCUCUUGGUGGAUUGUCCAGCGGUUUGAGCCUUGAAGAAUUUGUGUUUAGCUUAUGCUAUCCAACUAUUUGUGUAGCAACUACUUAACUCUGCGUGGUUUGUUAAAAUGUAUGUGCACUGACUAUUUAACUCUGGUGGUUUGUUCAA